AUGACACAGGAAAGUAAGUGUAACCAUGGUGAUUUAGUUGACACAGGAAAAGAAGAGUUUGAAAAGUUGAGAAAGACAUUAGAAGAGGCCAAGUUGCAGGCAUCAAAGUCUAAGUUCACUCAAAGUUCGCUGGCCUCUGUUAUAAUUGGUGCUGAAGAGACUUUGAAUCUAGUUAGUUAUGAUCUGGACACUGCUGUAGCCGAGGUGACUUCAGCUAAAGCCGAGUCCAAGAUCCUUUCAGAAUAUCAUGAUUUAGUGGACAAAGGAAAGCAACAAUUCAAAAAAGAACUUGAAAGUAUUAUGCCAACUGUAAAGCUUGGAAAGAAAGGUAACUCAAAUUUUGAGCAUAUACCUAAAACUGAACUGCAACGUGAAUAUGAACUUGAAAUGAGACACCAGUUGAUGAGACAAGCGGCUGCUCACAGUGAUCACAUUAAUGACGUCCUCAGAGUACAAUCUAAAGAAUUGGAACAACAAUUUGACAAGAAAAUGGAAGAAAGAGUUAACGAUGAACGUGAGAAAUAUCAGGUUGAGUUACAUGGUGCAUUGGCAAGGCUACGUGGUGUGGAAUCAGCAAUUGAAGACAGAGCAGAUCUAGAGAAACAAUCUGAAAAUGCUCAAGAACUAUGGCUUGCAUGUGAGGCACUUCGAAGGACAGUCAAGUAUGGUGAGAAGGGAAGCGAUGUCCUGACUCCACUUGAUAAUGAGGUCGCAGCUAUAAAAGAGGCUGGCAGCUCAAUACCAGUUGUCCAUGGUAUACUAGAAGCAAUCCCAGAAGAUGCCUUAACAAGGGGAGUGUUUACAGAAGAAAGUCUAAUUGCUAGGUGGAAACAUUACAAAAUCAACUGUUACGAAAUGCCUGCGCUGCAAUAUGACAGGUAA